AUGGCGAAGUUGGCGCAAAAGUUGGAGGCUCCGCCGAGUAAUUCGGCUGUCGAAAUAACAGAUACAACUCGUAAUGAUAUACUCCCCGAAUCGCAGGAGUCACUUGGAUGUGAGCGUGGCUUUGAAAGAGGCCUUGACGUCACCCAGGAUGAUUUGCUUGAAGCAAGAGAGGUUGCGGCUACGUUAUCCCUUGAAGAUGUCCACAAAACAAUGGAGAAAGUAUACAAGCUUCAUAAAAGAGAUCCCAAUUUCCCACUCUCUGUGAUUAACAAGAUCGAAGCAUUCCUAAAUAACGACGAUGUUCUGCAACAUCCAGAGCGCCAUGAAGCGCUCAUCCAAGAGAUCAAGAUUGAAACAGCCUUGAUCACACACAACUCACCGUAUGCUGAAGUCCGCGCAAUAGUCGACAACCACGACGACCCAAACCUGCCGUGCUCUACGAUCCGCGCCUGGUUUGUGGGCCUCAUCUUCUCGUGCGCAGUCACCUUUAUCAACAGCUUCUUCGAGAUCCGGCAGCCCAUGAUCAGUGUUAGCGUUGUUGUGCCUCAGCUCUUGGCCUACCCUCUUGGCAAGUUUCUUGAGAAGACUCUUCCUGACAUGGGCGUUACUCUCUUCGGAGUGAGACAUGGUCUCAAUCCCGGAGUAUUUAAUAAGAAGGAACAUAUGCUGAUUACUAUCAUGGCGAGUAUCUCCAUGGCGUCGCCUUAUACGAACUACGUUGUUUGGAUACAGUACCUUCCCUUUUACUUCAAUCAGCCUUACGCCAUCAGUAUUGGAUAUCAGAUCUUGCUAGGACUCUCGUCCAAUUUCAUCGGAUAUGGUCUCGCUGGUUUGUGUAGACGUUUUCUCGUCUACCCGUCUUAUUGUCUAUGGCCGACAACCUUGGUCUGUAUAGCUUUGAAUACAGCACUUCACGACGAAGGUGACGUUCCUGUUCCUAGUCCGUUCAAGAAGAUCUGGAAUAUGUCUCGCUUCAAGUUCUUCAGUAUCGCAUUUGGUGCAAUGUUUGCCUAUUUCUGGCUUCCAAACUAUCUCUUUGCAGGGCUGAGUUGGUUCAGCUGGAUGACCUGGAUAGCCCCCAACAAUCGUGAUCUGGCUAUCAUCACAGGUGGGCAUACUGGGCUUGGCCUCAACCCUCUGCCAACACUGGACUGGAACAUAGUUUCUAUGGCCUGCGAUCCCCUUAUGGUACCGUUCUUCACCACUUUCAAUUUGUUUUGUGGCUCAAUGCUCAGCUUCUUUCUUAUCGUUGGUGUUUACUACGGAAAUGCCUUUCAUACGGCCUACCUCCCUGUCAACUCGAAUCGCGUGUUUGAUCAUUUUGGUGGAUUAUACAAUGUGUCUGCCAUUCUAGAUGAGCGAGGGAUAUUCGACCCUAAGAAGUAUGAGGCAUACUCACCUGCAUUCUUAACAGCUGCUCAUCUUAGCUCAUAUAUCUUCUUCUUCGCCAUAUAUACAGCAGCCAUUACCUAUGGUGCUCUUUACCACCACCACCAGAUAAUCCUUGGCUUCAAAGACCUCAUCAACAGUUUUCGUCCGUCAAAACGAAAAGAUUUCGAGGACGGACAGGUGCUUGAUGCGCACAGUCGGCUAAUGAAAGCCUAUCGAGAAGUCCCUGAAUGGUGGUACCUCGUGUGUCUCGCAAUAGCAUUCAUCAUUGGGAUCGUCGGUAUUUCCCAAUGGCCUACGAAUACCACGCCAGCAGUUGUGCUGUUCGGCAUACUCCUCAGUCUCAUCUUCGUUGUCCCCGUCGGCAUCAUAUCCGCCACAACAGGGGUGCCAGUCCCUCUCAACGUGAUAGCUGAGUUUCUGGGGGGUUCCUUUGUUGAGGGAAAUGCCAUUGCGAUGUGCUUCUUCAAGACAUUCGGGUUCACAACUUGCACCCAAGCAGUUGCCUUCAGCGCUGAUCUGAAGCUGGCACAUUACCUCAAGAUACCGCCGCGGUUCACUUUCUGGGCACAGAUAGUCCCUACACUUGUCUCGACACUUGUAUCUGUUGGUGUUCUUCAGUAUCAGAUAAACUUGGAGGGAGUGUGUACACCUGAUGCCCCCUAUCGUUUCACAUGUCCUGGUCUGAACAACUUCUUUACAGCGGCGGUGCUUUGGGGAACCAUCGGGCCUAAAAAGCUCUUCGGCAAUGGAGGCCAAUAUAUCGAGGCCCUCGUGGGCUUUCCCUUAGGUGUAGCCAUAGUCCUUAUCUUUUGGUGGCUUGGCAGGAAAUACCCCAAAAACAAGCUCGUUCGAGGCACUCACCCAGUUGUCUUUCUUGCAGGUGGUAUGGUCUGGGCUCCAUAUAACCUCAGCUAUAUCUGGCCUGCUGUGCCUAUUGGCUGGCUCUCGUGGAUGUAUAUCAGGAAGCGUUAUCUCGCCUUCUGGGCAAAGUACAACUAUAUCCUCUCGGUUGCUCUCUCGGCUGGCGUUGCGUUAUCGGCGCUGUUCAUGUUCUUUGCUUUGCAAUACAAUGAUAUCAACCUCGACUGGUGGGGAAAUAGAAUUCCGUUUGAGGGAUGUGAUGGGACUCAAUCAUGUUUACUCAAGACCGUUGCCCCAGGAGAGUAUUUUGGGCCUGAUAACUUUGGAUAA